AUGACGGUUUAUCCACGGAGGCGAUGGCCAAUACUAGCAGCUCAGACCGUAUUCGCGGGCUGCUUGUUCCUCUUGGCGGUGUUCGCGGCGACGCCUGUAUUCCUCACGCCGCUGCAGGACGCUCCCCAAGCGACCCUGACGUCCGGCGAUAUUAUGACAUCACUCAAUAGGAUGGCCGUGUUGACCACGCCGUUCCUCAUGGCGGUGUUCGCGGCGACGCCUGUGUUCCUCACGCCGCUACAGGACGCUCCCCAAGCGACCCUGACGUCCGGCGAUAUUAUGACAUCACUCAGUGCUGGGACGCAGAGACAACUCGGUAGUGUAUACUAUACAAGUUUGAAAGGAAAACCUGUUUUGAUUUCAGAGUUUUUGACUGGUUCCACUGAACAAGAGCUAAAUGAAAUAUUGUAUGAAAAGUCCAAAGGAAAGGUGUUGAAACAUCACAUUAUUUGGGUCGUGUGGAAAGAAAAGGAGAACAAUACUUGGAAGUUCAGCAUUCGGUCCACAGAACUAGCGCACCUGGCAAAAGUGAACUCCACAGUGACAAGAUCGCUCCCGCGCAACAGACACCUAAUGAGUGGCUUUUUGGCAGUUCAGAUGGCUGUUUCUGAGGAAAUUCUGGCUGUGGAAAGCAAGGAGGGACUGAGACACAGGAUAAAACUGAAAGCGAUGCCAAUAUCCCCUCUAAUGCGGAAGGAGGCGGUGCGGCAGGCCAUGGUGUGGAUCCUUCUGUGCUUCACGGUGGCCUUCAUACCGCCCGUCAUGGAGGUCUCGGCGCUGGUGGUCCAUGAGACCUCCAACCAAUAUAAACAAGCCUUAUGCAUGCGUAACGUAGGCGCCGCCUGCAUCUACCUCGGCUGGCUGUCCUACCUCCACAUGACGACCCUGCCCAUCCUCAUCCCCGCCACGCUGACGCUCAUACUCAUCUUCAGAUGGGUGUGGAUAUUCGUCGCCUUUCUGUUCGUGGCUAUCUAUAUCACUGUGAUGGCUAUGACGGCGUUCAUCAUGUGUAUGUUUCAGAAUAAAUCCCACAUCGCCGCGAUCUGGUCCGCACUGUUCACGGUCCUGCAGCUGUUCCUGGCGGACCUGCUGGUGCACCACGGGUUCGACGGGACCACCAGCUUUACCGUGCUCCUGCACAUACUGCUGCCGCCGCUGGGGCUUGUGCAUGCCUUCCAUGGCUUCGCCCUCCUGGAAACUGGACGUGAGUUUUUGUCAAUAUACGAGAACCAUACUCUGAUCAUCUGGAUCGUUAUGAUCCUCGCGUACUUCGGGUUGCUGAUGCUGCUGCAGCGAACGAUCGGGGGUGACCGCGCAAUAGGAGGCCAGGUGUCCUGGAGAUCCAUCAUCUUCAAGCAGGCUGAGGAUAAGACUAAACUACGCAUGAUUCAUAACCCCCAUGGCAAUGAGCGAGAUCCACUUCAAGAAGUCGAUGAGCUGGUCGCCAAAGCUAUCUCUUUCCAUAACGUGACUAAGAGUAUUAUGGGAACUGCGAUGCUUCGGAGAGUCACCCUAGACGUGUACCGAGGCGAAUACACGCUGUUUUUCGCCGAAAAGAUUCAAGAACGUAUGUUGCAUAGGGUUGAGGAUCUAAUUACUGGUUUAACCCUACCGGAUGACGGUUCGGUGAACAUGUUAGGGAACGAUAUGGCUACUCUUAUAAAAGCAGAUAAGCGCGUGACAGCCAUGCAGGGCAUGCUUGGAUACUGCCACCGCAUGGGUUUCCUUGUUGGUGAGCUUAGCGUGCAAGAAACUUUGCAGUUCUUUAUUCAGCUAUGCCUCUGGGACCAAAGCGACGAAGAAGUCGAAAGUUAUAUCCAUACCCACACUCCAAGAUUGUACAAAGAAAGCGACUUAGAAGAUGUUCGGGAGAUGUAUGUGCGCAAUCUAGGGACCUACUACAAGGCGCAGCUGUGCUGGGCCAUCGCCAUGAUACUGGAACCACGCAUCGUGUUUAUACAAAAUUAUAUUGAUGGUGCAAAAUACAUCUCAGUGAUCAAUGACAAAAUAGUGAAGUACAGAACGCACCUGACGAUUGUGAAGGUCUCGUUCACGACAUCAGCGCUGGAGCAUGCGGACCGCGUGUUUCUCUUUGACCGUAAAGUGCUCGUGUUUGGGGGCUCCCCGGCUUACAUGUUCUUUAAAUAUGGCCGGGAAUACAGAGUACGUAUGACUUUUCGGGUCCGAGGCAGUCUCGACAACGAGAAAGUGGAGGAGUUGGUGGACCGAGCCAUUGAAAUGGGAGGGCAGGUGCGCGCCAACGUAGGCACGCUUCUCAUACUGCGGCUGCCUACCAGCCCCACCGAUGUGACUGCUGAAUUCAUCAAAGAAAUCACUGAAAACGCCAACAAUUAUGGAAUCACUUCGCUGAACAUCAGCCUGCCGGAUAGCGAGGAGAUUCAUAAAAGGGCUAUAAAUGAUUCAAGAAGGCAAUUAAUGACUUAUACUGGUUAUGGUGGUUACUCUGAGCGGGCCCUUAGAGAAUUAACAAAACCGAAACUGUGGAAACGUAAGAAAUCCCCGUGUCUGACAAUAACCCUGCUAAAACAGACUGUGUGGAAAUACGUCUCUUUCUACAUACAUUAUAGAUUGUUUCUGAUCAUCACGAUGUUAUCAGCGAUAGUGACAGGCGCCAUAAUCGGCGUGUACCUCUCGUACCAACUGAAUGAGAUGGAAACAAUUAUAUCCUCGUCUCGUCUGCUCGGUGAGAAGAUGACCGUAGAGGCCAUGCAUCAAAGCACUACGCUCGUGCUUAGGGUGUACAAGUCGGAUGAUGCCAUCUCUGUCGCCACUGGUUAUGUCAUGUCAACUACCGGAGCCACACCUGCGGAGACGGAAAACAUGUUUUACACAGCCUUACCGCACACUGAAAGCUCGACCGAGUACUUGAUGCUGCGAGCGAUUGACUCUCCUCAGAGCUACGUGUACGCGUACGCAUACGGCAUGAUAUUGGAGGACGAACGUGGAACCCUAGAUAUCCACGUGUUAUACAGCCCGAUCCAUUACGACACCGCUGCAGCGGCGCGGUCCCUGGCCCGUGUGUACAUGGCCCUCUUGCGACACUACACCAAAAGACUUGACGCGGAUAUUGAGGUGACAGACGACCCGCUCGUGCUGGACUCUUCUCCGACUCAGAAGAAAACAAAGGUCCCACCGCUCGUUAUACACUUCAUGUUGAUUAUAACCAUCGCACACAUAACCUUGCUGCCUUCCAUGGAACAUGGUCUUAUAAGGCACAUGCAGGUGCACGCAAUGAAUUUCUCCCCAGUACGCUACUGGUUCUCUCUGUUCUGCUGCGACAUCAUCCUCUACUGGACCCUGGUGUUCAUCAUCACGACGGUUCUCUUCUGCGUCAUGUACUGGGUGGCGCCGGUGCAUUUCUUGCACAGGGAUUUGAUCGUGAUCCCAUUCAUGCUCAUAAUGUAUGGCUUUAGUUGCGUGCCGCAAGCGUACCUCUUCAGUUUGGGACCCAGUGGGGCUUUAAAUUCUAUGUCCUUCGUCAUAUUCAACAUCAUUUUCGGUGAAGCCUCAGUAAUAAGCCAGUUUAUAAAAGGCGGCGCGUUCGCCUACGCCGAGAAGGGUCUCAGCCUCUCCCCGCAGUACAACGUGGCCAACGCUUUCGUUCGGAUUACGAAGAUCUUUGUCUACAAUAGCGAGUGUGUCAUCUUUAAAUCCAAGAAGUUCUGCAAAUCGAAUGUACUGCAUAAAUGUUGCAAAAAGUGUGGAAUAAUGGAAGGCUGUUUCGAGCGCAUAGCCUAUCUGUCAAAAGCCGGCAUCCUCGACGAGAUUCUCUGGACCAUCUACCACUCCAUCAUCUUCAGCAGUCUCCUCAUCAUUUGGGAGUACAGGGUGAUCCAGCGGUUAUGUUACUACGCUCGGAAACGAUGUUCUCCUCCAGAAGAGCCUCCUAUAAUGAUGGAGGCGUCGGCGUCGGGAAGUACGCAGGAGAGGGGGGAUGUCGAGGCGAAAAGCAGGCAGAUGAAGCAAAAAAGGAUUAGUAGGGAUAUAAAAACAGACACAUUCGGUGAAAACCUCUUAGUGAACAAUCUAUCUAAGAGAAUCAACGGAGUUUAUAAACUCUCCCACAUAUCCUUCGGGAUCGGAAAGGGCGAGGCUCUGUCCCUCGUCGGGCAGUCUAGGGCUGGUCGGCUGGAUCUCUGUGAGAUAUUAGCUGGGUUUAAGAUGCCGAGUUCUGGGACGAUCAGUGCUAUGUCGAGGUGGUCACUCACGAUCGAUCCACAUAAGUAUUCUCGCAACGUCGCGUUCAGCUGCUUCGAGUACUGCCCCAUGCCUCCUUGGAUGACUGUGUACGAUUCCUUGUGGAUGAUGGGCGUGUUGCGCGGCAUCCCGCAGCGUUACAUCCACGAGGAGGUCACCAAUCUCCUGAACGCCAUAGAACUCGACGACGCUUCAAACGUGAACGUAUUACGGCUACACCAGAAUGAGAAGACGCGGCUAAACUUCGCCGUGGCCGUGAUCGGGGCGCCGCCUGUUCUCGUCCUAGACGAGUUCACGGCGUACCAGCAGUACUCCGUCGACCGUGCCAUGUUCUACAUACUGUACCAUCUGAGGAAACAGGGACACGCGCUACUAGUUAGUUCAGCUAGCAUCGAGAACCACAUGGCCGUGACCAACCGUCUCGGGAUCCUCCUCGGCGGGCAGCUGGUCGACGUAGACCACAUUGACGCCCUAGUGGCGCGCUACAGCUCGGAAGGCUACACGGUGGUGGUACAUCUGAAGGACGAGGUCGAUAUAGAAGCCAUAUUUGGUCGACAUUUCCAGAACUUCAGCGUCAACGAUGUCUCUGGUGUUUUAGCAAGCGUGCAAGUCAAAGAUUCACUAAACUACGCCGAGAUAUUUGGUAAAAUGGAGGAGCUAGUACAAGCAAACCAGACAGUAUAUUCCUACGUUAUCACCGUCACUGCCAUGGACUACAUUUACAGCGCCAUCUUGGAAGGUCAUAAGGUCCAAAUCACUCCUGACCAGUACUACUGGCCUUGUCUAAAGUUCUUAUCAAGGAAGAAGAAGAAGGCAGACUUACAGAAGUUAUUAGAAUUGGAGAAGUUUCAGAAAAAGUAUGAUAUCGUUACGUUGAAGGAGUUGCCGUGGUCUGUGAUAUUUCGAAGAUAAUUCUAGAAAGAAAGGCUUUAUUUCAAUAGUGGCUUAACCAAGUGCUUAAUGGAGGCUUUUGACGUUGCUUUUUAAGCUCAAGCAGUUCAGUUAUCCCUAGAUUGAUGAAUGUUAUUUCGCUGGAAGUAGGUACUUUCUUAUUUAAAGCCAUUCCCACCACAACCUCUAUCACGGUGUGACUUAUUGCAAUAGGCAUUCGAAAAUUCUAACUCUAGUCAAAACUUCACCAACACAUUACUCGUGAGUGGGAUGGCAAUAAGUGUAUUCGGGUAAUUCCGAAUGUCGAAAACUGUCGGAUAAUUCCGAAAAGAGACUUUUAUUAAGAUGAAAUUUUGGGUGAUUUUCAUCUGAAUUUCGGAAUUAUCCGACAUUCGAAAUUACGCGAAUACACCUUAGGUUUAGGUAUAUUGCACAAGCGACAAAGACAGAUGCCCGUGUUUUUUUGGUCGAAGGCCCUAUUUAUCUAGAAUUCUAGAUAGUUUUGUUGUUAAGAAUAAGACAAUAAUUUUAAGUUUCUGUUAGAGUGCAGUUGUUUUGUUAAGUUCCAUACCGUUUUUUAUUAUUUGAAUUCGUGAAGAUGCUCCAUUUUUCAGAUGUAGUGCAUAUUGUUUUCCAUCGUAUUUUCUUGGAAACGUUCGUAUUUGUCCUGCUACUUCCGUCAACGUCAGUACUUUUUGUCCCGAGACUGACAGAAAUAGCAAGACACGUUCGUUCGUUUCCGUGAAAAUAAGAUGGAAAAUAAUUAUGCACUACUUAUAUCUGUAGAAUUACUAAGCUAUGUUAUUAUUAUUAUGUGCCGCAUACAAAAAUUACAGAUCGUGUGAUCAAAUUGGGGCAAUCGAACUAUCAUUUCAGUACCAGACCGGCUAGCAUGAGCUGCGUUACAUACCUACUCGUCCUACUCCAUACUUGAAGUCGCGCUAAGUCUGCGAAAUCGACGCCACACUCGCGUUCGCGGCUUCGCGCCACGA